CUCGUCUUCCCUCUGCCCUUUCUUUUCUUUUAUUGUCAUCCAAAUACAACACAUACAACUAUGGUCGUUUUAGCUGCUUCUAUUGUAACCAAGAGUGGCAAAGUUGUUAUCUCUCGUCAAUUCCGUGAAAUUCAACGCUCUCGUAUCGAAGGUUUACUUGCAUCUUUUCCCAAACUCACCAGUACAGGUCAUCAACAUACCACUGUCGAAACAGAACACGUUCGUUAUGUAUAUCAACCUCUCGAAGAUCUCUUUAUGGUACUCAUUACAAACCGUCAAUCAAACAUUCUUCAAGAUAUCGAAUCACUUCAUCUAUUUGCCCGAGUUGUUACUGAUACUUGCCGUUCUUGUGAUGAACGUGAUAUACUUAAUAACUCAUUUGAACUUUUAUUUGCCUUUGAUGAAAUUAUUUCGGAAGGAUACCGGGAAAAUGUGAACCUCUCUCAAGUCAAGAAUAAUACUGAUAUGGAAAGUCAUGAAGAAAAGAUUCAAGAAAUCAUUGCCAGGAACAAAGAACGGGAAGCCAAGGAAGAACUCAAACGACGAGCAAAACAAUUCGAUCUUCAGCGAAAGGAAGCGUCAAAACGUGGUCAAGGAUUCAUGCAAGGGAACUUUAGUAAUAACACUAUGGGUGGAAGAUAUUCUCCUUCUUUGGAACCUUCUGCUCAAUCUAUGAUCCAAACUCCUUCUUAUAAUGGACGUUCUUCAACACCACCUGCUUCAUCAUCAAAGGCCAGAGGAAUGCAAUUGGGUCGCAAACCAAAAACAGCCGAUUUGUUUGAAGCCAUUAAGACUGAAGUUGAAGAACCUCUUUUACGAUCCAAUCGUUCCUUGCCAUCUUCAGCUAGUCAACAAAAGAUCAAUGUUCAUCAAGAUAGCGUUCACGUGUCUAUUGAGGAACGUGUUUCUAUGGUGGCGAAUCAAGAAGGCGAAUUAGAACAAUUAGAAGUGAAGGGUGUUCUUACACUAAAGAUAUCUGAUCCUUCACUUGGACGUAUUCGAUUGGCUCUUGAUGCUACUGAUGAUCCUGCUAUUCAAUUCAAGACCCAUCCAAAUGUGGAUAAGAACUUAUUCAAGAAUGAAAAGGCGGUUCAAAUGCGUGAUCCAACUCGGGCGUUCCCUAUAAAUCAAAACUUGGAGGUGGUAAGAUGGAGAUUUAUAUCUCAAGAUGAAACUGCAGUCCCGUUAGCAAUUACUUGUUGGCCCUCUCCUGCUGAGAAUGGAACUUGUGAUGUGAACAUAGAAUACGUAUUAGAAGCUGAUCAUUUGGAACUUCAUGAUGUAGUGAUUGCUAUUCCUCUUCCUGGCGAACCUAUGGCAACAGUACACCAAGUGGAUGGAACUUAUUUCGUAGAUACUCAACGACGAGUACUUGAAUGGCAAUUACCUAUUAUCAACAGUUCUAAUAAGAAUGGACUUUUGGAAUGCACACUUCCUGGUACCGAAGCCAGCUCAUUCUUCCCUGUAAUGGCAAGCUUUGUUUCUGAAAAAUUGAUUUGUGGUGUGGAUGUUUUGGAUGUACAAAAUUUGGAAUCAAAUUCGAGCUCUACCUUUUCCAAAGAAGUGCUUCUCACUACGGAUGAAUAUACAAUUGGAUGAAUCUAGUUUAGUUUAUAUUAUGUUUUGUUAUUUUAUCAUAUUAUAGUUUAUAUCUUUUUCUUUCCUUUUUCCUUUUUGAAAUAAAAUCACUUUAAAAAAAAAAGACGAUAAUGAAAAUUA